UCCAUGACAUGUCUUCCAUUGUGUACGGGAAGUUGCUCGACAUGAGACACUUCUGAUCAGAGAAGAGGCAUAUACUUUUUUAGAACUUUUUCUACUAUUGAGCAUCAUCAUCAUCAUUACAUCAUCUUUAACCUCCUACCCUCUCUGCUCAGUCUCCGGUACUCAGUCGCCGAAGUGGUAUCGCCACUCCUCAUCAAUUUUGUUAUCAGACGUUGUCAUUUUACUAUUAGGUGCAACGGACUUUUCUCUUAUGUGUACGUCAAUUUGUGUCAAGAUGAAUAGCUUGAAGGCGUUUAAGGAGCCAUUCGAUAGAAUCAUCUCUGAACCAGUGGAGGACACAGAUACUAGUAGCUUCAUGGCAGAAAUGUCCUUGAAGUCCAACUAUCCAGUCCAAGUCACAGAACCUCAAGAUACAGUGACACUGCAGCUGAGGUCCAUGCCACCUGGCUACCUUACACCUCUCUCAGACAGAAUAAGACAGCCAGUGGAAGAUGGUGUAGAGUGCAUCUGCACAGGCUCCAUCUCACCAGACUUCCCCAAGGAGCUGCAGUUCUUGAACAACCAAUGUGAGAAGUGCUGCUGCUCAGCUCCACCUCCAAAGAUCAGUGACCUAAUGGAUGACAACGACUUGCUUGACUUACUGCGUCUUAAACUGGAUCCAAAUCAUUGCACUGUCAAGAACUGGAAGAACUUUGCGAGCCGUUGGGGUAUGAGCUAUGAUGAGCUGACUCUGCUGGAGCACCGGACCCAGGGCUCAAUGUGCCACAGCCCCACACAAGAGUUCCUGCUGCGCAACAACCACAAGACCGUCACUGAGCUCACCGAACUUUGCCGGGUCUACCAGCGCAUUGAUGUGCUGCGGCUUCUGCAACGCUGGAUGGAGAACGAUUGGCCCUCACGCUGGCAAAAUGCUCAUUAAUCACAUAUGCCCUCAUUAAUUGCUAUCCACUUUAUUGAAUUAGCAAUGACAACAGGGACUUGGACCAUUUGUUAUCAGAAGCCUAUUUAUUUAACAACCAGUGGUUCCCGGAUUUUAGAUGAUUUGGUGUGCAAAAGACAACUGGAUCACAUGUUAUGACUCCUGUGGAGUUGAGGACUUAAUGGGACUGAUUGUCGUUUUGUACUUGUUACCAAUACUGUAGUUCUGAUUAUCUCAACCGGCACAUUCUUUUCUUUUUCAAAAGGUUCCUCAUUCUCUGAAUUGUUGUGUGUUCAAGUGUUGGUGCUAGAGCAUAAAAAGUAGAGCUGUGUUAACCAACAUAGCACGUAAAGAAGGUGAGUUGGGAAAAAGAGAACGAGAUUAAAAGCGUGAAUUGUUCAUCAAUUGUAAUUUUUUUAGAACAGUGACCAUGAUAAGAAUCAAUGUAGUAUAUAUCAUAUGGCAAAGAUGACAGUGUUGCGUUUUGGUCAUUAUAGUCUCAUAAAAAUAGGAAUAAUCUCCAAAUAAUGUAUUGUUCGUAUUCAUAGUUAUUGAGUCUUGAUUAUUUUGGGAUAGUUUGAUGAAGCUGAGAUUGUGUUUUUCAAUUUCACUACAGUUUGAAUUCUAAUUAGGAAUUUGCCCUUAUGCUUUAUAUUGAAUGUGGUUCCAAUUCCUCUCCCCAACCCCACUUGAAGCAAAUAAAACCUAGAUGUUUUGCAUAUUCUUGCUAAUAUUAUUAACUUUCCCUUAAUAACACGUUUAAAAAAAUAAUCAUAUCCUAAUAUCAUCAUUUACUUUAAUCAUGUCAAUUAAAAUACUAUUUAAGGGAUA